GAGGCAGCCAACUGCCUCUCCCUCUGCUUCAAUGCCUAAGCUGUGCUAGGGUUUUUGUUUUUGUUUUUUUUUUUCCAUUUUUGUAUUUGCGGCCUGAAAGAACUUCCAUCCAGUGCCCAUAGGGGAAGGUCUAGGUCUAAGAGAUUGGGCAGUGUCUAGAUUUCAAAAUUUAACCUGACUGGUUGGUGUGGAGUUUUUCUUGAUCUUUUGUGAAUUCUCUCAUUGCUUUUUUCUCCUGUGUUGUUGUUUUUUGGGGUGCUAUCCUUCUAAAGACAAGUCUCCGCCUGACCAAACAAGAUGCCCACUGAUUUCAUGGAUAGCUUUGACUACAAUUCCACUAUUCCCCUGGAUUACAUCAAUGACAUGUGCAGGAAGACCAGCGUCAGGCAGCUGGCUAACUACUUCCUUCCACCCUUCUACUGGCUUGUGUUUGUGGUAGGGACUUUCGGCAAUAGUCUGGUCAUCGUCAUGUACUGGUAUUGUACAAGAGUGAAGACCAUGACGGAUAUGUUCCUGCUGAACCUGGCAAUUGCUGACCUCCUCUUCCUCCUCACUCUGCCCUUCUGGGCCGUCGAGGCUUCUGAACAGUGGAAAUUCGGUAACAACAUGUGCAAGCUGGUCAACGCCAUGUACAAGAUGAACUUUUACAGCUGCAUGCUGCUUCUCAUGUGUAUCAGUAUUGACAGAUACAUUGUCAUUGCUCAGGCCAUGAAAGCCCAUCGCUGGAGGCGGAAGCGUCUUCUCUACAGCAAAAUGGUGUGUUUCGCCAUCUGGAUGGUGACGAUCACCCUGUGUAUCCCAGAAUACCUGUACAGCCAGAGCAAGACGCAUUCCGACAUCCACACCUGUACGAUGGUCUACGAUGACGGCAGGCUCAAGCCCAUUGUUCUGAUGCUAAAAUUUAUUCUGGGAUUCUUCCUCCCACUCAUUGUCAUGGCUGUCUGUUACACCAUCGUCAUUCACACCCUGAUGCAAGCCAAGAAGUCAUCUAAACACAAAGCCUUAAAAGUGACCAUCUUGGUCCUCACAGUCUUUGUUGUAUCUCAGUUUCCCUACAAUAUCAUUUUAUUGGUGCAAACCAUCGAUGCAUACAGGAUGUUCAUCACAGACUGUGACAUUUCCACCCACAUUGAUAUCUGUUUCCAGGUUACGCAGACCAUUGCAUACUUCCACAGCUGCCUGAACCCAAUUCUUUAUGUUUUUGUGGGUGAAAAAUUCCGCCAGGAUCUUGUAAAAACCCUGAGGAAACUGGGAUGCAUCAGCCAGGCCCAGUGGGUCUCCUUCAAUAGGAGAGAAGGGAGUCUAAGGUUUUCAUCCAUAAUGCUAGAGACAACAUCUGGACCCCUCUCCUCCUAAGAGAUCAUCUCUCUUAGAG